AUGCUUCAAAUCAUAAUUCAUAAAUGUGCCGAAAGAAAUUUGUUUCCGUACCCACAGAUAAUUAAUGUGGACUUUGAAAAAGCAGUUAUAAAUGCUAUAAAAACUGUUAUUGGAGAAGAUGUUCAAAUCCAGGGAUGCUUUUUUCAUCUCUGUCGAAGUACCCACAGAAAAAUACAACAAUUAGGUCUUGAACAAUUGUACAGGUUAAAUGAAGAGUUUUCCCAUUUUUGUGGCAUGUUAGAUAGCUUGGCGUUUUUACCAAUAUAUGAUAUUAAUACAGGUUUAAAUUAUUUAAAAAGUGUCAUGCCUGAAGAAGCUACAGAUUUGGUCGAGUAUUUUGAACGCACAUAUGUGAAUCACAAACAUCCAACAAUUUGGACAUUGAUUACUAAGAUGCGGCAUGAAAAUGCAGCAGACGAAACCAAAGUCGCGCAGCGUCAACUGGGUACUAUUGGACCACCGUUGAAAAAAAAAAAAUAUAUGUUAUCAAAUCUUUGCGAAGGGUACAAUGAUGGAAGUAGGGACAUUCCAAAUUUUUUAAAUGCUAUUGCUAAUUUUAUUAGAAAUUAA